UCUGUGGCGGCAAGGGUAGCUAGCGGGUUUCUGGCCAACUCCAGGUUGGAGUGGCAUUGGGAUGCUGCCCGACUUCUGCCAUUGCAGGGAAGGGCAGAGAAAUCGGUGGCCUUUUCAUCUGGCCGGAUCACAGCAGGACCCGAAGUGUUCUGCUUGCUGGCCUACAUGUUUCAGGAUUUCCGGUGCCCUUGGUUGCUGUGUUUGGUCCACCAACGCUAUUAUCUCAGCCACUGCACUCCCCUCCUGUACUUCAGGUGCAGGCAUGAGGACUGUGUGUCCCUAAGCCCACCCGUGAAGUGUAGUGUCCAGAUCAAAGGAGGUAAUAGCAGCACUCUGUCCUGAUUUGAUCCUACACCCUCUUCUGGGCAUCACAGUUUUAAAAGGAUUUCUAGAAGCUAAAAAGCCUCUCAAGGAGGGGUGACCAGAACGGUGAAGGCUCUGAAAAUCAGACCUUUAUGAAGCUUAUGGAGCUGCUUAUGUUUAGGCUGGAAACGAGAUGUGAUAUUGAGAGACUCAAAGAAUGGGUAUCGUCUUCAUCAUCCGGGUGGAAGGAUACAUUUAUUUAUUACAUUUGUACCCUGCCUGUCCAUCAGGGUUCCCUCUAAGGUGUACGCGGGGGACUCUGUCCCCCUCCGCGCAGGCCUCCUCCUCCAUGCACCCACAGCAAUUGUUUUUCUCCCCUUAUCGGGAUUAUAUUUAUUUAUUUAUUUAUUUCAUUUAUACCCCGCCUAUCUAGUCAAUUGUGACCACUCUAGGCGGCUUAGAUGAUUACGAUACUGUGCAUCAGUUAGCAGGAUAGCUAUCAUGUGUGAUGCCAAUUGAAGAGUCCAGACUCUCUUCAAGGGAAGCCCUUUGUAAAGCAUAUUGCAGUAAUCAAGGAGUGAUGUGUAAAUAAAGGCACGGAUAGCUGUUGCUCAGUUAGGUCAGCUCAGAACAAGUUAUAGCUGACACACUCAGCAGACCUGUGCAAAGGCACCCCUCAUCAUUUCUGCCACCUAAGAAUGUACUGGCAGUGCAGAGUCAAGGAACACUUCCAGACGAUGAGCCGGAGCUGUCGGAGCGCUGGAGCGCAACCCUUUCUAGAAAUAAUGAGUGGCAUGGCUCAGGGUUCUUGCCAGAGCAGGAGGACCUUGCGCAGAAUGCAGAGAGGUUGCGCGUCAAAGUGGCAGGUGACCCCUUGUGGGUGGCUGCCCUCAGCUCCUUUCCCCGCUGUGUACUUUGUCGAGAUAGUUGGUGGCUCGCCUUCCUCUCCAGUGGCCUGUGGACGCUCUGGAGUGGCCUUCCGCUCACUUGCACGUGUGGAAGCCCGUCAGAGGGGCUUCUCUGUUCAGGAGUAGAGUCCAUUCUUCUUUCUGUUGAGUGGAUUUUCUGGAACAAGAAACAAUCGGUUUUUUUCCCCAUGGGUGUCACAAGUGAAUCCUUGCCCUAAGUUUGUGCCCGGUGAGCGGAAGCGCAGCAGCUUCCUGCCCUUGCAGCUCUGCAGCUGUCUGGUUUUGUGAUUCUUCUGCAGCGCAGACAAGAGGGGCUUCCCUCUAGGGCUCGCCUUCUCCUGUCUGCCUUCUCUGGCAGCCCCAGUGAGCUUCUUUGUGGCAUGGCUUUGCCACAGAGUAGGAGCCUCUGUGGGGACUCCUUGGGAUGCAAGAGAGAGAGAGUGAGAGAGGGAGAGAGAGAUCUGUCUGGUAAGGGAAGGAGCAGCAUCCUGCCUGCAACCUCUUGCCUCCUCUCUCAGUUUCCUCUCAAUAGUCUAAGAGGUAUAGUCAGGGCAUGACCUUGGGAGUGAUGAGGCCCAGGCCAGUCCUGGCUGCAGAGCAGCCUCCAUUACUCUCUCCCUCUCCUGCAGAUCCUGAGCAUGACAGACGGGCUGAUGAGCAAGGCAGCCACCAUGGAGAUACCCAUCCAUGGCAAUGGAGACUCCCGGCGCCUCACAGAAGAGGAUGAUUUGGAGCAGGACCUGCAGCAAGUGAUGGUGUCGGGGCCCAACCUGAAUGAGACCAGCAUUGUGUCUGGAGGCUACGGGGGCACCGCCGAGGGCAUCAUACCCACCAGCGCCAUCAAAGGUUCCAAUUUGCACCAACCCCACCCCCCCAUGACGGGGGAGGAGGCGGCAGCGGCAGCAGCCGCCACACGGGGGGUUGCGGUGGAGAAGUUGGACAUUGUCAAGAAGUGGGGUAUCAACACAUACAAGUGCACAAAGCAGCUGCUCUCGGAGCGCUUCGGUCGGGGCUCACGGACGGUCGACCUGGAGUUGGAGACGCAGAUCGAGCUCCUGCGGGAGACGAAGCGGAAGUACGAGAGCGUCCUGAGCCUGGCGCGGGCCCUCACUAACCACUUCUACAGCCUGGUCCAGACGCAGCACGCCCUGGCCGACGCUUUCUCCGACCUCAGCCAGAAGUCCCCAGAGCUCCAGGAAGAGUUUGGGUACAAUGCCGAGACGCAGAAGCUGCUGUGCAAGAACGGGGAGACCCUCCUUGGGGCCGUCAACUUCUUCGUCUCCAGCAUCAACACGCUGGUCAACAAAACCAUGGAGGACACCCUCAUGACGGUCAAGCAGUACGAGACGGCCAGGCUGGAGUACGACGCCUACCGCACAGACCUGGAGGAGCUGAACCUGGGCCCCCGGGACGCCAGCACCCUCUGCCGCUUGGAUGCCGCCCAGGCCCAUUUCCAGGCCCAUCGCGCCAAGUAUGAGAAGCUGCGGGCAGACGUGGCGGUCAAGCUCAAGUUCCUGGAGGAAAACAAGGUGAAGGUGAUGCAGAAGCAGCUGCUGCUCUUCCACAACGCCAUCUCGGCCUACUUUGCGGGCAACCAGCAGCAGCUGGAGCAGACGCUGAAGCAGUUCAACAUCAAGCUGAAGAGCCCAGGAGCCGGGAAGCCCUCGUGGCUGGAGGAGCCGUGAAUCCCCCCCCCCACCAGGCUCCUUCCCUUC